AUGCGGAACCAAACCACGCAAUCCCUCAUUCCCCUAAAACGUUUCUCUAGUACUACCGAGAAGCCAACCAUCCUCAUCGUCCAAGCCUCAUUUCUAACGCCAAACGUCUACAAGUCCCUUCGAGAUUGUCUCGAGGCCUUGGGCUACUCAACCGUCCACCCCAAUCUAUCAGUCGGAAGGGAAGCCGCGCCCGAAGAGCUCAGCUACAUCUAUCGACAAGCGAGAGGGCUACCAGGAGGCGUGAUCCGUCUCUUCUACUUCCGUGCGUUUAUUUUCGCGGAAGGCCAGUCAGUUGUCGGCGUGUUUGGCGAGUCCACUAGAGAGGAUAUUAGGAUAAGACGAAGCGCCGCAUACCGCUGCAUCCCAUCCACCUAUCUCAUCUCCGACAACGACAAAGCAGCACUACUACAAUUGCAAGAGAAGUUCGCCGCUAACGCUGGCGCAACAGUAGACAGGUGUGCUGCAGGACAUUCAGUCAUGUUAAACCACCCCGCCAUACUUGCUAGCAAAAUUGCAGCAGUUGCAGAUGAAGCUAUGAGGUCAAUCGAACCGAAACCAUAGAUUACGUCCUAUUCACAACCUGUACGCCGCUAUGAGGUCGAAAUCAGAAAACUGCCGAAACAAAUUCACAAUAGGCAGAAAGAGAUAUUUCCCUUCCCAGGGCUCUGACACCUUUUCCG